UCACGCAAAGACAUGACAACGUCAUUUAGCGACUGGACCUCAAGCAACUUCCCCGGAUAUUUUGUUGGCAACACUGUCGCCACAAGCCGAAUUGUGCGGAGGAGCAACACCGGACAACCAGACCCAACAUCCUCGGCACGAGCUCUGCAGCGCCGACGCCGCCAUGGAGGAGGAAGGGGCCCCCGUAGAAGGCGAGGCGGUGACCCCCUUCGCCGCGGAGACUUACGCCGCGGAGGCCAUGGCUGCCGACAUGGACCCGUGGAUCGUGUUCGACUCGAGGAGAACGCCCAGGUCCGAGUUCGACGCCUGGCUGGAGAACAACGGGCCCUCGCAGGUGAACCGGUUUGGCGAUGAGAAAAAUGGCCUUAGUCCGGUGGGGUGGAUCGCAGUGCUGGGCCUGGACCACUGGCCCAGCAGCGGGGAUGUCGCGGGUCUCCAGGAGAGCUGGGAGAAACUUUUGGCCAGCGGCCGGCCGGUCAGCUUCCAGACCGUGAAGGAGCUGGCCCUGAACCACAGGGUGCUCUCGGGCAAAUGGCUGAUGCACUUGGACUCUGGUUUCAAGCUGGAUCACGCCUGGGAGUGUGUUGCCAGAGCAGCCCUGGACGGCAAGAUCUCCCUGGUCAAAGUCAGCCCACACAAUCCCAAUGGUGAGGGCAAGCAGGUCAUUUGUGCCUACAACCAGGACUUCACCGACGAGAGCGAGGUGGUGCGGCUGGAGAACGUCAUCCGUGCCACAGGGGUCAAAUGCGGCCUCACCUACAAGCCAGACGUGUACACGAACCUGGGAAUCUACCGAAACAACCGCUGGAAACUGUGUCCAACCAUUUAUGAGAGCAAAUUUGACCUGGAGCGCGUGCCACGGCGUUCCCACAUUAUCAGCAGAGUCACCAAUCUGGAGGUGACAUAAGCCUGUUGGAACGGCAGGAUUGUUUUGGAGAAUGAGUAACUGGAGAGGAGCCAGGCUGUGCAGUUCAUCAGUGUCGGUGGUUGAAUUUUGAUAGAAUUUCUUCCUUUUGGCCAAAAAGAACAACAACGUAGCAUUAGAAUUAUUUCAGUCUUGACUAUAUUUCCAAUUGACCGUAACUUUUUUUUUUGUUGUGAUUAUGUUCAAGUAUUUGUGUUCUCGAAUGUUUGGUUGACACCUACAUGAAGAAAUCUUUGUAAGCACAGAGGAAAAUGUUUUGUUUACAUUAGUUUGCUCAGUGUUGCCAAAUAAAACCUACUUUUGAAGACCA